ACACACAAUACACACAAUACACACAAUACACAAGAUACACACGAUACACAACAUACGACAUACAACACACAAUAUGCAACACUCACGAUACACAUGACAAGUUAUAAACAACUCACAAAACACACUGUAUAACACACAUAGUUCAAAUCACACACGAUAUGCAACACCAUACACAACACAAAGGUCAUCAGGUGAAUGGUGUCUGGAAUUACCCUCUUUACAUGGAUAUUACAUGUCACGCUUUUUAAAAUUCCAAGCAAGUAAAUCUAUACGGGAUCUGAAUUAUAGAUGUCGGUGUUCCUGGAGUGUAUGUGACAGAACAUAGUCUCUGUACCAUAAUUAUUGCCAAUUAGACAUUGCUGGCGAUGGAUGUCAUUGUAUUGGUGUCGUUAUGGUCAUUUCUUUUGCGAGGUAAGACGUUUCAGUUCAUCUCAACUUAUAUCUGUUUAUAUGAUAGAAUAAACAAACCCCCUCCCUUCUCAAAGUCCCUGCAAUAUGAUGAUAAGAUUCACUUAUUUCAUAUCUAAAACAUCAAGCUCAUUGUCAAAUCCUCAUGUACCCUUCUCCCUCUUAUUCAACAAUUCUUUCUCCACACUGAUUUUUUUCUUUCUUUUCUUUUUUCUUUAAUUUCUUCUAUCCCUUGUUCUUUCUUUUAUAAAUACAGCACAUACAAUUUUUUUAUAUCAUCUAAAAUAUACUGUUGAAUUUUAACUGAUUAUGAAGAAUGGAAGGAAUGUAUGUAUGAUGUAUGGAUAAAUUAAAUUGUAAAUGUAUUAUGUACUGUUGAAAAAUCUUCAAAAAUAAAAAAAUAAAAUGGAAAAAAAAUGAAAAAAAUCCCAAUGUUAACAUUGUUACCACUGUUACUACUGUGAUUUGUUUUCCAAAUGUACUUGAACAUGUUGAUUGAAAAAGAAACAAUGCAUAUUAAGUCUAACAAAGUAAUAUUUUAACAUUUGAAGUAAUUCUAACGACUGAUGAAUUUGAUAGUACAUUUCGAUACGGGAAGACAUAAGGACAUUUGAGUGCGUUUUAUGUAUAUUGUUCCCUUUUAAACAUCAGAGGCAAUGCCCCUCUUCACGAAUCUGCGAAUCAGUUCAGAAACAUUGAAAUGGGCAGAAGCUAAAGAAUACUGUGAGGAUUGGAAUGGCCAUCUGAUCGUUCUAGAUAGUCAGGACAAGUGGAACUACUUCACAGCUCACGACCAAUACCAAGAAUAUCGAUUACACGAGGGGUUUUACUGGAUAUACAUGAGAUUCAAUGACACUUUCAAGUGCGGCGACGGAAAAGUACAGCCAUGGGUCUAUAGUGGAUGGGGAAGGGGGGACACUUCUUAUCAAGAGCCUGAUGGUUGUCCUGAACAAUCGUGUGUGUUGCUAUUAAACAAUCAGAUGUACACCGCAAGGUGUUAUACUCGCAAAAAGGCUCUCUGUGAGACAGAUCCGACUACGACAUCUCGACUGGAUGCAGUUGAUGGCGACAUCACACAUUCAUCUACACAUUUCACCGAAUCAGAUACUGCAGUUUUCACUGUGUCCUCACCAGAAACUGAUGUAUUUUCUACUCUCUCCCUUUCGACUCAAACGACAGAAGCGGAAGGCGAGACGAUAUCUGAUCUGCAGGAAACAUCUGCGACGUCAGUUUUAACACCUACCACGGCUCUAGUCACUCAUGAUGUAAACAAUAGCACGUGUAAUACAUGCUGUCUCCUCAAGAACCUCACAAAACUUGACAGACGGGAACUUGAUGAGAUUCUGCGUGGGUUAAGGAUUCAGUUGGAAGUAAACAAAACCAUGUUGUCCUCCCAGAGGCGUAAACUCAUCAGCGUGUAUGACUCCCGGCCCAGUAGUGUGGCCAUGGGAGGCGUGGCCUGUAUCAUCCUGGCCGCGGUUGUCGGAGUGAUCGUUGUACCGGACGGUGUCAGUCUUGUUAGGCUAGUGUACAAACAGUUUGAAUCACAACACGAUACAUCAGUCUCGGUAGGCUAGUGUACAAACCGUUCAAAUCACAACACGAUACAUCAGUCUUGUAGAUUUGAAUCGAUUUUUUUUUUUUUUUUUGAUUUUUCGUUCAUGCUUUGCGCAUGUUCCACCGAUUUUGUUUAUAAAUUAUGGUUUCUUAAUGAUGGUUGUUCCAUUAUAGCGCUUCAAACAUGAAGUUCAAAAAGAAGUGUGCCUUAAGCAACUGUUGACUACGAAAAUUAAGUGAAGAAGAUUUUUGAUAUUGGAAGCUGGUUUAAGUUAAACGGAAAUUCCCUUGUUUGAAUAAAGUGUAU